UCUGUGUGCCUGUGUGCGUACGUGUGUGUGCCUGUGUGUAUAUGCUUUUCCAAUGUCAACCCUUGAGCCCUGGUCACUUGUUUGUAGGCAUAAGGAUGAGUGCCAGGCUGUUUGUUUGGCAAUUUUCUAUUUGUUUAUUGUAAAGAAGAUGACAGACGAAUUCUCACAAUUUGGAAAUAAGAACUUGAGAGACGAGUUGAAAAACCACAUCUCUGGUCCAUGUACACGUUUUCAGAGCAAUUUCAUCCAGAGACUACCAUUCCUGGGCAAACUGCCCUCUGGUGUGGUCCUCCGCCGAAAAAAGCCCCAAGAAGUUGCUGCUCUACUCAGCAUUGACCAAGAAGCCAUGAAAUCCUUUUCUGGGGGAGACUUAGAAGAUUGCCUACUGAAUAAGGUGGACUUGAGACGACAGCAGGUUUCCCAGGCUGUGGAGGAGGUACAGAGAGUCAUCCACCGUUUGACCACAGAAAUCAGCCACCAAGACAUUCGAUUCCAAGCUGUGCCUUACUCUGACAUAUACAAUGGGAACAUCAAGGUUUUGGCCCCCAGCCAGUUCCUUGUCACAGUGCCAGUGAAAGGCCUGGCUGGGUACCGGGACACCAGGGAGCGGCGCUGGCGGUACUACACCCUGCAGGGCACCCGGAUCCCCUGUCCUCUGCGGAACCCGGAGGGCCUGCAGCAGUGGCUGGAGGUGGAGCAGUUCAUGAAGAGCCUGUGGCAGUGGCAUGAGGCAGACGUGAACAUUGAGGGGGACAUUGUGCCCGCCAAGGUCCUCCUGGUGUUCCGGAAGCUGGUAGAAAAUGCCAUUAGAACCUGUCACCUCUCAGGUAAGGUCAGCAUGCUAGCAAACUGCGAAGCUGUUUGGGUUGCCAUGGAAACAUCCGCAUGUCAGGUGGAGAUAGAGCUGGUCCCCACGGUGGAGAUCCCCACCGCCUGGUCUGAGAAAGCACAGUGGCCUCGAUGUCUGAAGCGCUGGCCUUCCCCAGAGAAAGUGGAGUGCAUCAAGUCAUUUGGGUUCAACCUGUCGGCCCGCUCAAGCUAUCACUGGCAGCUCGGCUUCUCCCAGGCCGAGCAGGUGCUGCUGGAGCAGCUGGAUGAGGAUGGGGGCUGCCGCAGACAGUGCUUUCAGAUCAUGAGGCAGCUCAAGGAGGACGUCUGGUGUCCUGGGAAGAGGCCAGUCAUCACCUCCCACCAUCUGCAGACAGUGCUCUUUUGGACUUGUGAAAAGUAUCCCCACUUGAAGGACUGGCAGGUCUUCAGCAAAGCUCUCCUUCGCCUGGUGCGGAAGCUGCACAAGUGUGUGAGCCAGCACUUCCUGAAGCACUACUUCGUCCCAAAGAGCAACCUCCUCCAAUAUGCUAACUCCAGCGAGCUGGAUUCUGUGGCCCAAAAACUGGCCUUCUUCCUGAAGAAUCCCCAGAUCAACCUGCCCUGAAGGCCGGCCCUGCCCGGGAGACCCUUGCACACUCCAUUCCGCCUUGACCUCCUUGUCCAGGUGGUUCCUCCAUCCGGUACCAGGAUCCUACCCAGGAGAGAGACAGGAAUGGCAGAGGAAAUAGCAUCAGGACUCCAGAGAGGGAAAACUGUGUCCUGAGAUGUCUGAUCCAGGCCUCUCUGGAGCUAGGCAAGCAUUUCACCCCAGCUACCUCUCUUGAGAAUGGCUCCCAUCGAGUUUUCCAAGCCACCGAUUCUGAACUGAUGACAGUUCUGAUUUAUUUUCUCUUACUCCAGCUCUGAUUGUCUGACAGGGAGAACCCCCAGAAGGCCAGACUUUAGCCUGCUGCCCAGAAGUGUUCUCUAGCCCACUGAACAUGGGCUCAUUAUCUUUCCAUUUGUAAAAUGGAGAUGUUAAUAUGCCUCCUUUGGAGCAGAGCUGUGAACCUGUGGCACAUGCUGGGGACUUUUCCACAGGAAGACACUGGAGCAACACAAAGUGCUACUAGCUGGUUUAGGAGCUGGUGUUUGCCUCCGGGUACCCCCACAUUGAUGGAAUGGGCAUGCCGGAGCAUCUGCACACCCGUACUGCUCGCAGCCCUCCCACACUGUGGUCGGGUGGCCUGUGGUUCUCUCUGCUCCCCUGGUGUUCUCUAAAUACAGAAGGAGUGGUCCUAGUGGCUAGUGUGAGUCCACGAUCCCCCUGCUGCCAGCCACAGUCCUCUGCUUCCCAUGCCAGCAUGCAGGAAUGGAACUUCUUUCUACUUCUGGAAUGAGCUCCAUACCAUGAACUUGCUUGGGAUGAUCUUGGUGACAUUCACCUAAUAUAUUCCUUUGCUCAAAUCAUUCAGACACUCAUUCAUUCAUUGAUACAUAAAUGUUCGUUAGGCACUGGGAAAACCACAGAGAGUGAGAUGGACCAACUGAACAGGGUAACACCUAGUGGUGAAGACAAGAAAUGAACAGAUAAAUAAAACGUUACUACAGAUGAAGCAAUUGAGAUACACAAAGGAUGAAAAUGAAAACUGCGGAAGAAGGAGGAAAGGUGACUAAGAACAGGCUUGGAGGGGUGAACAUGAGUCAGAUCAUGUGGUUUUGCAAUGCUGGUAAGGGGUCGAUAUUAUAGUCUAAGAUCAAAGGUGUAAUACUGACUUCUCCCAAAGCAGAAGGGUAUCAUGAUCUGACUUGCAUUUUAAAUCAUUGCUCUGGUGACUGCAUCCAGAAGUCUGGGGCUCAAGAGAAUCAGGGUACUGACAGCUGGCAUGCCUACCUAUUUUAAGGGGCAUUGAAUCCCACAAAGCAGCACAUCCUGCACAGCACAGCUGACCAGGAAUUCUAGGAGUUCUUGGUAAGAACAGUGGUUUCUCUGGCAUUUACUUAAUGCUUCUCAACUCAAAGGGCUCCUUUAUUACUUUCGAACAUCCCUCUCCGCAAAUACAAAUGACAAAGUGAAAUUCCUAAAAGAAUAAACUACUGAUUUUGUUUUGAUGAAAAUUCACCUUUGAAAAUGAAAAAUGAUUAUUUUUAAAAAGUACUACAACCAAAUGAUGGAAUCCCUAGAUUAUCACACAGGAAAUUGUAAUUUCAAAAUAUCAAAACAAGUCGUAACAGGCAUACAAGAAAUUUAAGAGUCUUGAAAACAUGAAAUUACAAACAAAACAGUGCUUUGUUAAAUCCUCAAGAUUUGCAUUCUAAUUCUUAUAUUCUUGAAUCUUGAAAAACAUCAUCUUUGAAGAAGUAGCCCAUGUAAUGAAUUUUUUGCUUUUGUUUAUAUGAUGCAAACAUCUUGAUCUAGUUUUUAAACAGUAUGCAGGCACGGUAUGCCAAAAGUGAAAAGUGACUGUGUUGUUGAUCAACGUGUGUGUGUGUGGAGAGGGUGGGAUUGACAUACACAAUCACAGUCUGAUUCCAGUAGAUUCUUCCCCUCUUUCCCAGUAGAGCUGUGGUUUGUGGAGGAAGUAGGACUCUCGGCCGAUUCCUGAGUGUUCCACUACUGGCCAGCAGAGGGCAGCAGAAGAUCACAUAUGAAAAGAGUCACGUCCUUGCCCAUCCCAUUCCCAGAGCCCAGCAGGUGUCACCUACUCAGCCCAUCGCCUACACCUGACUACUCCAACCAAGGGACCCAGGAACUGUGGAUUUCAGCUCAUGCUGAAUUGUUGAAUAUUUCUGCUAUUUUAGCAAAAAUUCUACUUGAAGCUGAAAUCUAAAAGGAGCACCUGUGUGAGGAAGGUCCAUCCAGGCACUGUGCAGCUUCCAGCUCCUUUCUGUUUCCAGGGAAAGACUGCACAACUUAGAAAUGUCUGACAACAUUUCUCCUUUAUUCUGGUCAGUUUUUGUUUUUGAUUUCUCCAAAACAGCUUUUCCAUCAUUCUUUCCUUUCCUAGGCACAGGACUACGUUUUAUCUUGGACAGGUUGGCUUUCAGCUACUGUGAUGAACCCACUUGUAUUUGCAUCUCAGCUCUGAUGCUGCAUGGCUGAAACAACUGGAGAGCUGUUGGUUCUCUGAAUCUGUAAAACUCUCCAAAAACGGGUGGUGCUGUGGCCUGAACUGCGUCCCUCCUGCCCUCCACCGCAGUUCCUAUGCUGGAGCCCUGAUCUCCAGCAUCUCAGAAAGUGACUGUGUUUAAAGAGAUGAUCAAGUUAAAAAUGCCACCUUUCUGGCUGAGCCCCUAAUCUGAUCUGACUGUAUCCUUAUAAAAAGAUGGGAUUAAAGCACACAGACAGACCCGAGGAAUGACCACAUGAAGAGGAAGAAAAAGGACAGCCAUCUACAAGCCAAGGAGAGAGACCACAGAGGAGACCCAACCUGCUGCACUUCUGUCUUGGACUUGUGGCCUCCAGCACCAUCA